AUGAUGAUCUUUUGUAGCAGAACGCGUUGGACUCAGGGUGUCCUGUUUUUGGCUGUGCUGACCCUGCUCUUUAUUCUGCCCUCCUUCAUUAAGGAGUACAGCAUGAAGCCUUCCAGGUGUCAGUGUACAAGACCUGAAGACAAGGAGAUGACCUCUGUCAGGACAGGAGCUCUGGGCCUGAAGAAUCAGAGCAGUGUGGCGGCCAGAGGAGAGGAGGAGGAGAAGAGGAAGGAUCAGAGCAAGGCAGAGCCUGCGGCAAAGACUCCUGUUCCAGAAAGUAGGGGCAAGAUAUUGACAACUACAAGGGCAGUGUUGACAAAGCAGAGGAAGAGGCCAAGGGCCACAGCAGCUGUUCCAGCCAAGGAGAAGGCAGCCCAGGUCAACCCACCCCUGGCCUCUUUCCCACGCCCCACCACCAAAAGAACUCAAAGGCUGAAGGCCUCUGACUUCAAGUCUGAGCCUCGGUGGGAUUUUGAGGAAGAAUACAGUUUGGAUGUGGGGGGCCUGCAGGCGACCUGCCCCGACUCUGUGAAGAUCAGGGCCUCCAAGUCACCGUGGCUAAAGAAUAUCUUUCUGCCCAACCUCACUCUCUUCCUGGACGGUGCCCACUUCACCCAGAGCGAGUGGGACCGUCUAGAGCACUUUGCACCGCCCUUUGGCUUCAUGGAGCUCAAUCAGUCCUUGGUCCAGAAGGUCGUGACCCGCUUCCCUCCCGUACCCCAGCAGCAGCUGCUCCUGGCCAGCCUCCCCUCGGGGAGCUCCAGGUGUAUCACCUGUGCUGUGGUGGGCAACGGGGGCAUCCUGAACGAUUCGCACGUGGGCCAGGAGAUAGACAGCCAUGACUAUGUUUUCCGACUGAGUGGAGCCGUUAUUAAAGGCUAUGAACAGGAUGUGGGGACCCGGACGUCCUUCUAUGGCUUCACUGCCUUCUCCCUGGUCCAGUCAAUCCUCAUACUGGGCAGUCGGGGCUUCCAGCAUGUGCCUCUGGGACAGGACGUCUGGUACCUACACUUCCUGGAGGGCACUCGAGACUACGAGUGGCUAGAAGCCAUGUUUUUGAACCAGACCAUGGCCAAAACCAAACUUCACUGGUUCAGGCACAGGCCCCAGGAAGCUUUCCGGGACACCUUGGACAUGGACAGGUACCUCUUGCUGCACCCAGACUUUAUCCGUUACAUGAAGAACAGGUUUCUGAGGUCAAAGACCCUUAAUACUGCCCACUGGAGAAUAUACCGCCCCACCACUGGUGCCCUCUUACUGCUGACGGCCCUCCAUCUCUGUGACCAGGUGAGUGCCUAUGGCUUCAUCACCCAGGGCCAUGAGCGAUUCUCCGACCACUACUAUGAUAAGACGUGGAAACGGCUGAUCUUUUACAGAAACCAUGACUUCCAGUUAGAGAAAACAGUAUGGAAACAGCUUCAUGAUGAAGGCAUCAUCCGGCUGUACCAGCGUCCAGAGAACCCGAAAGAGAACUGA